AGAAAGUUUUCUAUGUGCCUGAAAAAGAUUUCAACUGUAUAGAUGGCUCAAGUACAAUUCCAUUUAGUUUUGUGAAUGAUGACUACUGUGAUUGCUUGGAUGGAAGUGACGAACCGGGAACUUCUGCAUGUGACAAUGCUGUAUUCCACUGUAUUAAUGCUGGUCAUGUGUCUUUAAACAUUCCUUCUUCAAGAGUUAAUGAUAAUAUUUGUGAUUGUUGUGACGGCAGUGACGAAUACAAUAGUACAGCUGACUGUGUGAACACAUGCUUAGAACUUGGAAAACAAGCUAGAGAAGAAGAAGAGAAGCAGCAAGAACUUUAUGAAAAAGGUUUUGCUUUAUGGCAACAAUAUGCAACUGAAGGGAAGCAGAUAAAGGAGAAUUACAAAGUGGAACUAGAAAAUUUAAAGAAGUUAGAAAUUGAAGAAGAGAAAAUUAAAACUGAAAAAGAAGCUUUGAAAAAUGAAGCAGAAGACAAAGAAAAGGCCGCUUUAUCAGCUUAUAAAUCAGUGAAAGAAGAAGAAAUAAAGAAAGAAGAAGAAAUGGAAAUGCUUCGUCAUCAAGAAGAAGAGAGACAUAGUGCAGAGGAAGCAUUCCGAGAGCUGGAUAUUAAUCAGGAUAGCAUCUUAACUGUUCAAGAGCUUCAACAAUUCCAAAAAUUUGAUAGCAAUCGGGAUGGUAUUGUAUCUGAAGAUGAAGCUAAAUUUUACCUACAUAUGAAGGAUUCUCUGGCUAUGGAUGAAUUUGUUACAACUGGUUGGAUGAUAAUGAAACCAAUAUAUUUAAUGGACAAGUUACCAGAUAGUGAUGUUUCUAGUACUGAAACUGUAAGUCAAGAAAUUCCUGAGGUAACAGAAGCUGAAAAUGAGCAGGAAGAGUCAGAUGAUGAAACAUACAGCCCCGAGGAGGAUGGAAUGGAUGAAGAGCUUCUGGAUGAAGAUGAAACUGAAAAGCCACCAGUUUUUCCACCUAAAGAAGCAGAAACUGCGAAACCAGUAGAGCCAGAGUAUGAUGAAGAAACACAACGUCUUGUUAAUGCCGCCAAUGAAGCCAGGAAAGAAUAUAAAGAGAGUGUAGAUAAAUUGGAAAAAAUUAGACAAGAAAUUAGGCAGCUUGAGGAAAAUAUUGAAAUUGAUUUUGGACCAGAAGAAGAAUUUGCAGUACUGAAAGGGAAGUGCUUUGAUUUUGAUGAUCGUGAAUAUACAUAUCGAUUUUGUCCUUUUGACAAAGCAAGCCAGAUUGCAAAAUCAGGUGGAUUGAAUGUAAAUUUAGGUCUUUGGGGAUCUUGGGCGGGAUCUGAAAAUAAGUAUUCAAAAAUGAAAUUUGAAAAUGGCCAGAUGUGUUGGAAUGGGCCAACCAGAUCUGUUACGAUUCUACUACAGUGUGGAUUAGAAAACAAGUUGCUGUCCACAAGUGAACCAAAUCGAUGUGAAUAUUUGUAUGAAUUUAGCACUCCGGCUCUCUGCUCUUUACACACGGAAUCCCACACUGUUCAUCAACAUACAGAAUUAUAGAAUAGUAAAGAAAAUAAUGUAACAUAUAAAAUAAAUUUUGCAUAUAUUUUUGAUGCUGUCCAUAAAGUUAGUAGCAAUUUCAUGUAACGUCUUAAUUUUCUUAACACUAGAUUUCCAUGAAACUUUUGUGGUAAUUCCUAUUCUUGCAGUUUGUUUCGUCUUAAAAAAUGGAAAUUUUACAGCAGGGCUAUAUUUUCAUACAUUUCUGUGUAUUUCUAAAAUAUUUACAAAAAUGUGAUUUUAAGUUUUUUUAUCUAAAUGUGAUUCUCACGAAUUGACGUAGAGCCAUAAUAUUGACUAUUUCAAAUGAUGCUAAUUGAUGUUACGUUUAGUUUUAUGCAUGCUUUAUUUUAAAAAUGAUAUAAUUGAUCCCGUAUAUAAAUUUGAAUUGUGUGGGGAAAGGGAGCUUAAAAUCUAAUGUUUCAUUUCUUUAAAUUAUGUAUCUUUAAAAAAAAAUUGUUGUAGUUUUUAUUUAUUUUGUAUUUAAGAAUUAAUUAUUUUUCCUGAUCUUUCAGUGUGGUAAAUGCUUGGAAAGUAUUCAGUUUCUUAGACUGUCAUAUGAAUAUUUCAUAUUGUUCUUACCAGUUUGUCAAAUUAAUAAGCAAGUAUUUAAGACUUAAUAGUGAAUUUUUUAUGCCUUCACCAAAGAAUUAAUUUUAUAGCAUCACAUCAAAUACUGCUCAGUCAUUCUCACUUUACUUUUGUUGUAAUACUUUAACAUUUGAAUUAUAUUCAUCUCUUUCUUCUCUUGAAUGAGAGUAAGAAACUGCUGUAAAUUAUUCAUUGUAAAGGUAAUGAAAAUUAUACUUUUAUUACUUUGCUAAUCUAAGGCAGUUAAUUUACAAACAGUGAAUCCAUUUAACUUUGGUAUGAAGUUUUUUAUUUUCCAGUGCAUAUUGUUAUUCACAUUGUUCUUCAAAACAAUAGUGUUUUUAAAUCACAGUUCUCCCUAUUGUAUGAAACACUGUUUGGAGGGAAUUUGCAAUAAAAAAAGGCUGUCUUUCAUAUUAAAUGUGCAUAUUUUUCAACUGUGUUAAUAUAAUCAUCAUUGUCUGUUUGGUUGAGAAAAGUAUAAAAGUCUGGAUAUGUUAUUAACAUUAGAAAGGUGCAUGUUCAGAAUGUAGAAAAAAAUUUAUCUAAUGUGUUUUCAUAUAAAAGCCAAGUUCUAGUUACAGUUAAUUUAAAAGCAGGUGUUUGAAAAGGGGAGCAAAUAAAUGAAACAAUAAGUAUAAUGAAUGGAAUAUGCAUUUUCAUCUGGAACCCUUUCCUUGUAUGCUGUGUUUAUAGAUUUGCAGACUUCCAAAUUUCAGGAGGGAAAAGUGUUUUCCUUAGAAAGAAGUUAUUUAAUUUGAUUACCUCAUUUGUGUAUAAAACUAUUUAUAUUUUUAAAAAUAUCAGCAAUUUUAUUUCUGAAAUUACAACCACUCUUCUGGUUUAUUAAAUUCUGAAUAUGUUGUGGGGCAGAGUUUGAAGUUAAAAAAAAUUAUCAUCUGUUCAUCUAGAAAUGCAUAGUCAUAUAGAAAAAAACUCUGGUAAAGUGCUGUACAGUAGUUUAGAACAAUUUAAUGAUGCAGCACUAUCUGCUGUUGUUUCAAAAGGCUUGUUUUUUAAAGUCAUUGGGUGAUUGAUUCUUAGAAUGAAAAUGUUAUAGUUAAUGAAUAUAUACAUGGAGGAACUUAAUUUCACACAUUUAUUCCUGUAUUAGCUUCAUCAUUCCUAUUUAAAUAUAUUAAUUUUUGUUAGUUGCUAGACGUUAAUAAUAUGAUGCUAAUAUAUUACUGAGCAUAACUGAUAUAAUCAUGACCUAUGUUUCAAAAAGACUGAAAAGGAGGAAGAAAUGCAAAGUAUAAAAAAUGCAUCUAGAAUUUGCAAUGUUCUGCAAGUCAUCUUUUUGGGAGCAGCUGCUUCACACUGAAGGUUUGUAUUGUCUAAAUAGUGUUUUUGAUGUAAUUUUUAAUAAACGUAUAAUAUGCAUGAUAAUCAGUAAAGAGGGGAUCAAGAUAAUAAUAUAUUUUAUAGCAAUUGCAUAUAUCAAAUUGAAUAAGACUAUCAGCUUGAGAUCUGUAAAAAUGUGCUGUUUACAUAUCAAAUCAUAUUUAACUAUGCACUUCUGCUCUGGCAGUUUCCUGGAAUUUUAAAAUGCUGAUUAAUUCAAAAUGUAAUUAAAGAAGAAAUUGUACAACAUUCAGUACACGACAGAUGAAUUGAAAUAUAAACUUGAUAAGAUUUAUUUAAGUAGUCUUGAUGGUAAAUAUCUGUGAACUUGAAACGUUAGGUCAAGAAACGAUUUGUGGUGACAUUCCUCGGAUCUCUGGAUUUGAGAACUUGAAACUUGUAACACUAUUGUAAGUGACAUGCAAAAAGAAUCAGAUCUUCUUGAAAUAUUAAUUGGAUCAGAUAUUGCUGGAAAAUUUUUCACUAGUGGGUGGGGGGGGAACUGUUUUGAAAAAUUUUAGGCACUGCUUAUAGUGCACAGCAAAGAUGUAAGGAUGAGAUUAAAUGAAUUAUAACACAGUAUUUCAAGACAUACUAUCUGUAAAGUACAAUGGGAAAUAUCUAGUCAUGAUGUGGUGGAAACAAAGCAUAACUUCAUGCACAGGGGAUUAUGAUAGAACAUUUUAUUAGGAGAAAAACUUGAGCAUGUAUAUUACAGCAAUUCUAAUUCAUCUAAAAAUUCUUUUGGCAGACAGCCAAAAAUACGUAGUUCAACAUAAUGGGAUAAUCCUCUACACAGAUAUUCUUAAGCUAAAAAGAAGAAUAAACAUUAAUCAUUGCAUUUCAGGAAAUUACAGGUUAAAGUGUAAAAACACUCCUUUUCAAUUAUUAAUCCUUAAUAAAAAAGACUUCCUUGGAAAUGGUUCUCUGUAUGCUCUGGUUGCAAUACAAUCCUCAUAAGUCAGUAAAUUAGAACAUGAUGCAAUAUUCACAUCUUCAGUCAUAACUUCUUCACAUGACCAUAAAAUAUAUUCAGAUUUAUGUGGGCCUAAUUUUAUAUGCCAAUCAUGAAUGCAUUCCACAUAAGUUUGUCUUGUGCAAAGAGCAUGUUCACUUUCCUUAAGAAUAUGAACCUUCUCUGAUGUAGCCAAAGCCAAUUAAUUAUAUUAUAAUUCUUAACACUAUGGCAUUCAGCAUUUUUCAAGUUUACUCCUUAGUUUGGUUAUUUUGAUACUCCUUAGUUUGACCAUUUUCAGUACUUUGAUCCUCAAGCAAUAUUCUUUUGCUUGAUUAAACACUGCAUUUUCAUUAGCUUAAAGUUAUUGGUUUAGAAGUAGAGUUAGUUACAAAUUUAACAAAUAGGCAUUUUUUAUUACAUAAGUGAAUGGUGGCUUUAGAAUCAAUACGCCAAUAACCAUUUAAAUUAUUAACAUUUGUAAAAUGGUGAUUAGAGACUUACUGCACUUCAUUAUUCUUAUUUGAAGUAGUAGUUGAUUGACUUGCUGGAUUUAUUAGAUUAUAGUGAACCAAACUAAGGUUAUCUGUCUAAAUGGAGGCAUGCCAUCAUAGAAGACUUUGUGAGGGACUGAUAAAAAAAUUAUGGCUUGUGGUUCAUAAUACACUUAAGGAAAUCCAUGACUACCUCCGUAAGCUUGUUAACUGGAAUAUUUGGUAGGGAGGGGGACUGAUAUUAUACCCAUGGGAUAAACAGAUAAAAAAGUAUAUCAUCUCUUCAAGUCUGUUCCAGGUCCUUUAGGAACUUAAAUCAAAGUUCAGUACUUUUUUCUUUAAAAGAAAUAGUAAACAAACAUCCACUGUAAAAUUAGAAUUUUUCUUUUUGAGUUUGGCCAAUGACCUGGCUGACCAAGCAGCAAAAAAUUCAGUAUAUAUGUUGCAAGAAGGAUAGGAUUUAAGUGAAAUGGAAAAGUUUACCUGUAAAAUCUUUCCAAAGUUUGGCAUUAAAAGAAUAAGCAGAGAUUAUUUAAUUUUGCAUUUAGCCACUAGUCGUGGGAAAUUUCCCAUGUAUUUUCAAAGCUUCCUUUAUAAAAAUGUUAAAUGUUACUCUGAAAAGCUGCUUUUGAAGCAAAUGCCUUCCACUGUAUAUAUGAUUGCACUUUGGAAAAAGAGCAUUUUGUUUCAUAGGCCAGUGACAAGUAUAACUCUAAAUACAAUUUUUUUAAACUUGACUUCUCUGUUAAAGGACUCAUGAGAUUUAUUGUAGACAAUGAAUAUAAGAUAAUUGUUAAUUUAUAAACAAUAUUUGUGUAAUAUGUGUAUUUAUUGGCCUGUACAUUAGCAUAAAUCUGUUUAAUUGUGUACGUUACAGCUAUGUUUUAGUACAACUGUUACUGCCAAUAUAUGAAACCUGAUGUUCUAUAGAAUACUUAGGCCUUAUAUAAAAUGCCUCAGAUUGGCAAUGCAUGAUCUUUCUUUCGCUUUGUAUAACUAGCAUUUGUCAUUCUAUUAGAAUGCCUAAGUAUUAUGUACGAUACCUAAGUAUUAUAUUCAUUGCCUAGGGGAAGCUUAAAAUAAUUCUCAUAUCUCAUACUUUUCUUAAAAAUGCCUAGGUGUUCUAUUGGAAUGUCGACUUUUCAUACAUUGCCAGUAACACAUGAAUUAUAGAUAAUACUCCUGUUAUGCAUUUAAGUAAUGUAGCUUUGUUGUAUUUGUACUGCAAUAUUUAUAAUAUAUAACAUAGUUAACUCUGCAGGUUAUCAAGUGUUUGGCCUGUAUUACUUUUAAUGUAAGUAGAGCUGGCAAAAAAAAAUAAUAAUAAUAAUAAUAAUAAACUGAGCUUUUAGAUUCAAACUAGCAUCUGAUAGUGCUGACCACCAUAUCAAAUAGGGUGGCUUGAUAAUAUUAUUGUGGAAAUUUAUGAGAAACCAGUCAAAAGGGCAUUUAAUCAACCAUUAAUUCACCAUUAGAUGCUAGCUCGUAUGUGUACAUAGAGUCUCAAUUGUCAAAUAAGCAGGAGGAAAAUAGUAGGACUUUAAGCCCAUAUUUUGUGCCUUAUAUAUCAGCUUUUCAAGCAAUCUCAGCUUGCUUUCCUGACACAUAUUAUUUCCAAUGAAAUCUUACAAAUUGUUUCAGCUUCUCCAUGAUCUGUUUUAAAAGCAAAAAUUGCAAAUGAUGAUUUCAUAAUUCUUGUUUGUACAAUGAUGACAUAGUGUUCAAGCACUUCAAGAAUAUCCUGCAGCUUUAUCAUUUAGUUGCAGUAAAUUAAGAAUUCCUUCAACUUCUUCAGAGGUGUGGUAUUGGUUUUCUAUUUUAGACUACCUCUUGGAAAAUCUGAAUUUGAGAGGUGAUUGUUCUGUAACCUUUUCAUAUGUAACAAAAUUCUAUCUCAAUGUGUUUUAUUAUUAAAUACAUUCCUUUUUUUUCUAUUUACAGUAUGUCAGUAAGUUUUCAGCUGUGAGUUUCUACCAUUUAUUGCAAUUUUUAUGGCAGAAACUGAUUUAUGCCGUACCUGUUUUACUAUGUUGUAAUAAUAGUUUUAGCCACUUUAGCAGAAAACGUUGCCAACCUCAUAUUGACAAAUCCAAAAUGAUCUAAGAGUACGUUUUCCUAAAAAAUAAUUUUUUAGGUAUAAAAAUGCUUUAUUAAUUUUAUUUGGGUAUUCAUUUCUAUAAACUUCUGUCUAAAUUUUUAUAUUUUCCUGGCAGCUUCUUUUUCAUCAUUCCUGAAAUGCAUUGAUUGAUUUGGCAGCUCGAAGAAAGGAAUAAAACCAAAAUUGAGCUUUUGGGAAAAGAUGAAAAAACAGCUUUUCCCCUUUGAAUGUAUAUCAUGUGCAGGGCAGCAAAAGAUGGUCUUUGUGAAAAUCUCAUAACGUUUUAUAAAUAUUCUGCAUAAUGAGCUGAUUAUGGCUUCUGUAAUAUAAAUUACUGCCAAAUUUCAACCCUCUUUAAUUUCAUCUAAAUUAAGUCUAAGCAUUAUUUUACCUGCAUUAGAAAGUUUAUCUCUGGAGAAAAACUGAGAAAGAACAGCAUUGUUAGCAGUUGAGGCUUCCUCUCUUAAAUUUAUUGAAAGUAAUAAAUCUAAAUACAGACUGUCAGCUUCAAAUUAAAAUUAUCUCAAUUCUGAGUCAAUAAACUUUUGAAAUGUUGAAUGCUUUUUCUGUGUAACUAUUCUGUAGCUGCAGUAAAUCCUGGUUCAGAUAUUUCAUUGGGAGGGGGGGGGAGCCUGGGAUGUGAGCACCUUUCUUUUGUUAAAACUUAUCCUGAAAAGCAGAUUGCAGGUAUUUUUGUUUCUUAUGAGUGGUCUUUUUUCAUUUACAUAAGCACCAUAGAUGUAUUACAGUAUGCUGACAAUUUAAUUAUUCUCUGAGUGCUUAAUCUUUUUCACAUCAUUGAAAAAUGAAAAGUGAUGAUUGAAGAAAUAUUCCAACUUUUUUAUUAAAUAUUUUUAUUAUUACAUUUGGAGGGUAAUGGAAGCAUUACUUAUAGAAAUAUUAAUACCUUUUUGCCUAUCAUUUGAGAGAGUUUAAUAAGUUGCUUUUUCUCUGCAAUAUUUUUUUUUUUUUUUUUUUUUUUCCAUUUCCGUGUAAGUCCAAAAACAAUUGCUGAUUUAGUUAUUCCAGAUUCACUUCUAAUAUUUUAAAAUAUAAUAUUGUGUGCAAUUUUUCUUGUGCUUCAGUCUGUGUUGAGUUAUAACUGUGAAAAUCUCCUGAUUGGUUUCUUUAUUCAUGAGCCGACUGAAAAAAGGAGAGGCAUAACCUUUCAUCUGAUAUUUUAUUUUGUCAAAGCCAGACAACUGUUAACUAAACAAAAUGUCCAUUGUUUAUGAAAUACUUAGUCAUAUCAAAAUAAACUUGUUAAAAGCUGUAUUAUAUUGUUGUACUUGCUUUUUUCUUAAUGCAUUCUUAUGUACAAGUUGAUAGCUGUUUGGUGCUAUUAAAAGAAGAACUUUACAGCUGUAUCAAAGGAGCACAGUUUAAGAUCCUAAGAAUAUUUUAGAAAUAUAUGUAUAUACAUAAAUGUUUCUAUGUAAAAAUUUUUGUCUCAUGAAUACUUAUUUUAAGAAUGUUUUCUAUUACCCUGUGUGUAUUUUUCAAUUUUAUUUCUUGUCUUCAGUUUGUAUGCUGUUUUAUGUAAAUGUCUCUUCGCUGAUUACUUUUGGUUGUAUAAAAGUCUAAAAAGUUGGAAGAAAUUUUUACAGUUUGAAAUUUUUUAAAGUGAGUUGUUUCUUAUGUUAUUCUUGAGCUUGUGCAGAAAAGUAGCAUUUGUAUUAAAUUUAAGUUAGUGUGAUAGUAAUAAAACUACCUAUUUGCAUAUUUUAUUCCAUGUUCGGAUACCUGGAAAUCUUAAUAAAGAAAAAUUCAGUUUAAUGGAAACAAACUUUUAUUGCUAAAUUUAUGAUUUUUUGCUUGUCCCCUUGUCUUAGUUACAAGUAUCCAAUAUUUUGGGAUAGAACUAUGCAUUUAUUUGUAAAAUAUCUAAGUAUGUUAAAAGUAUGUUUAAACAAUUUUCUUUUAACGUUUUGAAUCAAUCUUAGUAUUUUCUAUUAUUAAAUGACAGAUUUGAAAUUCAGUAUCAAAUACUUGAAAGUGUAGUUGUGAAAUAAUUUUAAGUGCUAGAUAUCAACACUGAUUGCAGUCUCUGUGAGAAUAAAGCACUCCGUCUGACUUCAGAAUUUAAGAUAAGCUGUAAUCAUCAGAAGUCUGAAAUUGUGAAGCCAAGUAUGAAGAAUUUAGCCUUCUUAUUUAUUUAUCGUAUUAAUCUGUGGAUUAAUUCACAUUUCUGAAUUUUAAUUCAAGUGAAAAAAAUACCAGGUGUAACAGAACUUUCUUUUACUCUUUUUGUACAGUGCCCGAACCAAAGAAAAUCAACUUUGUGUUUUUAAAUCAAAAUAAAGCAUAUCAGAAAUUCUGAAGGUUUUUUUCCUAUGAUGUUUAGCAGUUGUAUUUUUAUGGUUUUUCAUGGCUAUUUAUGAAUUAUAUUAUUUUGAGCUUUGCUAUAUUUAUUAUUUAUUCAAAAUAAUUGUAGGUGUUUUAAUGUUUCAUGUACUUUAUAACUCGCAUGUUUUCAUUUCACUCACAAAUAAGUAAACAUUGGAAACAUGCUAAAAUAUUUAUGGUUUUGCUGCUUUUUCCAGUUAUAAUGUACAUUCCAGUGUUCUUAUAUCUUACUCCAUUUAAAAAAGUGAAAUCAUGCAAUGUUUUCAGUUUUUUUUUUUUUUUUUUUUUUUUUUUUUUUUUUUGUCAUUAAUCUCUCUGGCUGUGCAUACUUAGGUGAGGGUUUUUAUUUACAGCCAAAUACUUGAAAACUUUGAAGAGCAAUGGGAAAUGUUUUGCUUUGAGAGAACAUUGUUGAUUAAAGUGGUCAAAGGACAAAGCAUAAUGAUGAAAAGUGUAAAUUCUGAAAUAAUUAAAGAUAGAAGUUAGUUGCAAAUUAACAAUAUAUAUGGGUAGUUAUUUCUUUUGGAUGUGAUUUAAAAUUAGUUCAUUCUAAUUAGAUUCUCAGUUACAGGAAAGUAGAAGAUUAUAUUAACCUUUAAAAGUGGCUUAAUUUUUAAAUUUUUCUUUGAUUAUUUGUAAUUAAAGAUACUGGAGGCAAAUAAAAUGGGAAAAACCUUUUAUAUCAACUCAUUUCUGACUCAGAGCAAUUUAAAUAUUGGAACCUACUAUGGGUAGCUAUGUUAUCGAAGUUACCACUGCAUCAUUUCUGUGACUCAGUUUUAAGUUCCAUUUUAGUUUCCUUGCUGAAAGAAAAAAAUCACAUUUAAAUAAAGUUAUGGUUUGAGUUCCUUAUCAUAGUUAUAAAAUCAGUUAUAUCCAUAAGAUUUCACUAUAUUAAAAGGGGAAAUGCUAAGAAAGCUCUAUUUCGUAUUUAAAAAAAAAAAAAAA